AAUUACAAAUCCUAAUUUUAACUGAAUAAAAAAAAUAUUUGUAUCGCACUCGUAAGUUUGUAAUUGUUGAUUCUGACUUUAUUAUGUAUAUGUUUAUAUCUAGGCCAAUGGUAAAUUAAUACAGGAAUUUUUACAGUUACAGGUUACGACAUGACAGCCAAUUAAAAAAAAUAGUCAUACUCAGUAUGAUACUGCACUGUUAGUAUUUAGUAUUAGCCUAAAUUACUGUUACUGUUGCUCGAUUUCUUGAAAUAAUAAAUUAAAAUUGCUCAUACUCAUAUUAUUAUUGUUAUAAUGAUAUAUAAUAAUUAUAUUGAGCAUUUAGUUUACUCUUACUGACAAGCAGGGCCGGCCCGACAGUUGUUGGCGCCCUGUGCAAGCUUAACUUUGGCGCCCCUUAAUGGCCUUAUAAGAAUAAUCAUUAAAAUUAAAGUAAAGGAAAAAACUAAUUAUUAGGUAAUAAGUUAAUUAUCUAUGAAGUUGUUGUUCUUUUAAACAAACAAUGAUUAUGAAUCAUGAACUGUUCAUUGUUAUUGUUUGUUUUAAAAAAAACAUAACCUCAGUACCAAAUAACUAGUUUUUCCUUCCAAUGAUUAUACUUUUAAGGGGCGCCAAAGUUAAGCCUUAGUGCCCUUAGGUCUUAGUCUUAGGCUAGUUAAACUUUCACCCUGUAUGAAGCAACCGUUGGCGCCCCCUUCCCUGUCCCUGUAUGGGUCCGCUCUUUUUCCGAUUAUGAUGUACUUUUUCUGCUUUGGGCUUGCAAUUUUGUGCCCCAGAAUGCUUUUUUUCUCCAUAUUAUUUCUGCUGAAUUAAUUGUAAAAGGUCAAGGAACUACGGUAUUAAUAAAUCAAUUUCCACGCCAUUUCUUUUGGUCCCAACCCCAGUGUUAGUAUCCAAAUUAAGAAUGCAACUUUCAUUGUAUAAAAACUCAUUUUUAUGAAAAGCGAUUGUACGAAAAGUUAGAAUACCGCUUCUCGACCCCGGACCCGAGGUUCACACUUCACUAUUUUAAGGGAAUUUAAACAUUUACUGGGCGCCUCUAUGGCCACAUCACCCUGUGCAAGGACAAAGGUCACACACUCUAAAGGCCAGUUCUGUUACAAGGUUGAUUUAUAAAGGCAAUAAUUAGUACAGUAAAGUGGUGCAAGUCAACUAACAUACUUAGCCUUACCCUUAGUCUUAGUUGACAGAGCUAGGGUUUAGACUAGAGGGGAGGGCUCGAAGUUUUGACCGAUGAUAAAAGUACCAGUAAAUUUUGUUAAAAAUUUGUGUCUAUGAGAUUUCUGAGGGGGAAGAGUGUUUCUAAAAUCAUCCAAAAAAAAAGCAUGAUGCUCUUUCUUUCAAUGGCCCCUGUCCCUACUAAAAAUAAAACUACUAAAUUGCCUGAAUAUUAGUCAGGGACAUGCUUAUAACACAGGUUAAUAUCAUCAGUUAAUACCGUUUUAUAUUUCAAAGAAACUUUAGAAACCAAUUAUUUCGAAGCAGCAUUUUCAGUAAUCAAUGAAUAUUCAUAUCUUUCACAACAUUUAAACAGCUCUUAUAAUUAAGGAUUUAUAAGAAUUAAUUUUAAGAACCUACUACUGUAUACCCUUUACAACUAGAAUUUUAACUUAAUUAGACUAUAAAUUCUUACUAGUAAGCACCUAAGUUCGGAUAUUAUAUUAUUAUUAUAUUAAUCUAUAGAAGUAGACCUACUAUGAGACAAUAUAUAUUUGUUGAACAGAAACAAUAAUCUUUUAGUUAACUGAAAUUGAAACCAAGAUAGAAUUCAAAUAUGUUAGACUGCUGAGACAGCAUUUUAAAACUUGGGGGGGGGGGGGGGGGAAUCUUGUUUAAACCUGGACAUUCCGUGUUAAAUUGUGAUGUAUAGUAAGCCUACCGUUACCAAUUACCCGGUUAUCCCAAUUAUAAUAUGAAAGAUAUUUAGGUCUUAUUUUGUAUUCAUUAGCAUCCUGUUAAUUUUUUUUCCUGCCCUUACUGGUCUAUUUCAUAAAUGAUUCAGUGAAAUGCAAUGGAGCAAAGACAUAAAGACAUCAUUCGACGCAAUUACAGAAAGCUUAGUGAGGAGAUCCAAGAAAGUAUUGUUCUUUUAUGUAAAGACCUAUGGACAGCUAAGAUUAUUUCAAAACCAAUGAUGGAAGAGAUCUUAGAGGUAACUUUGCUUUGUCAUUUCCUAAGAUAGAAAGUAAAAAUUAUAAUGCUUAGGAAUGAAAAUUUUAAAAAAAAAUUGUUUUAAGGUGUAAUUAAAGAUAAAUGAAUUUUGUGGGGGAAAAGUUACUGCAUCAUGCACCCAAAGUCACCUUUUAGCAUUCCUACAAAGUUUACAUAUUUUGUAUCUGGUUUAACAAUAUCUGAUGUUCAAUCCUAAUUACAAUUUUGCGCAAGAUUUUAAAAAAAAAAUGGCUUUGGCCCUCCUUGUAAUCUCAAUAAUGAACCAAUUUUUUUUUAUUUGAUAUAAAUCCCACAAAUUUAUUUGAAUGAUAAUUAAUAAAAUUAACUACUUACACAUGCAGAAUACAAUCUUUGUUAUAUAUUGGGAUGCACUGUACAUUCCAUUCCUUUCUGAUCCCAUGCAGAAAUGUGUAUUUAAAUGUGUGGUAUGUUCUCUUGAAUUGAAUGAAAAAAGUCAGCUGCAAUAAAUUAUAACAUGAAUUUUGAUCAGAAUGUAAAUGUGCACAAAUAGAAGCAGCUGUAUCAUGUCAAUUUCAAAAAAUCAAUGAUAUUAUUGACAGAAAUAUCCAAUUGUCAUCUUCCCAUACUGGUAAGGAGGAAGUUACAUUACAAUAUUUCUGUGCCCAAACCAGAAAAAGUCACAUGACAGCAAUUCAGUGUAAAUUAAAUUUAGAAGUUUAAACUGUUGCAAGCUCUUUUUGUUUUUGUUUCUGCUAACCCAGGGCAACAACACCAACAGAAAGAGAGCCAUGGCGCUACUAGAUCUUCUACCAACGAGAGGCCCCUACGCCUUCGAGACUUUUUAUAAAUUAGCCGUGGCCAAUGAACUUCACGGGGCAGCGGAUAUUUUAAAGCCCCCCAGCGAUGAGCAAUCUCAUUUUCCUAAAGUAGAUGUUAACUUUGAUACCAGCUAGCGACCAGUGUGAUAAUGUGACAAGUAAGAAUGACCAGAUGUAAUGUAUGAAAGCUUACAGAAGUUAUUAUUUUACUGUGAAGAUUUUGAGGACUGAAUCAGAGUUCAUAUGAUACGACCAUUGGAAUCUUCUCGAGAUUGGUAUUUUUAAAUAUUUUUAAUUAAUUUUUUUUGGCGUUUGGUGAUCAAGAAUCGCUUUUUCUACCCAGUUAUGUACUAAGCACAUGGGGUGAGAAAAUGAAAGAUGCAUGACGUCACAAAACGUCUAUAUCCAGGAUGAAAACUUUCAAACCAACCUAUAGUUAUAAAUAAUAUGAAAACUGUAUGCUUUUAUAAUUAUAUUGUCAUGGUAUAUCGUAGACCAGUGUCCAACCCACGGCCCAAGAACUGAUUUUAAAUGGCACACCACAUCUUGAGAAAUUUUAUAAUGUGUGUAAAAAUUAAAACAUUUCAGGGAGAAAAUAUUUUCAAAGUACAUGCAUUGAAUCAGUUAGGUUGGGAGACUGCAGGGGAGCAGAGAAGAACUUGGAACAUGGAGAAGGGGAGGGUAAAAAAAAUCUAAGGAGUGGGGCCUGACAGGUAGCAGUAAUCUAUGUUAAGCACACAGCAGAGCAACCAUUCCGGAACAUGAGGUGACAUGAAAUUUGAUACUGUCUUCUCCUUCUUUCUGUUGCUUGUUCAAGGGAGACGUUAAUGAGUGUAAUUAAAAUGACUUUGCGAAAGAUAAAUAAAGAAACCAAAAGUAACUUGAUGUGUAGCUAUUUGGUCAUCCCAAAAAUGUCCAUGCCCUCAACAAAGGAACCGAGUGAGAUGAAAUAAGUGGCCACCAAAAGUUAACAACCUGCUUUUUUUUAUGAUGAUUAUAUGACAAGAAUGUCUUCAGGUCAGAUUAAUCUAGAUGGGACCUGGGGUACUAAAGGUGUCAUAAUUGAAUGACUACGGUUGGCACUGGGAACCAUGCUAUUUAAACAGGUCGUCUAGCCAGGUAUGGGAGAGUGUCUGUCCAUCCUGUAAUGUUGGGGACAAGUACCUGGUAUUCCUAGAUGGGAGUAUGAGAUUUGUAGAAAGCAUGAUACAAGCUUUGUUUGUUUGUAGUUAGUUCAGUCAGGAAGGAAUUGUGAGAGAUGGUAGUAACGAUUCUUGAACUAUCCAAAUUUUUUGAUCACAUGGUCUUCUUCUGGUCACUAUUAACCUGAGUGGUUAGGGUGUCUGUGCAACUCACUAAAUUCAGUGAACUUCUGAUAUCAGAUGAGCGACUCUUACCCACACACUUAUAGUGUUGAUUAUAAGGAUUCAGUGUGGUUGGAGGAAUUUUGGGGAGUGGGGGUGUGAUUUUGAGUAAACAAGGAGAGGAAAUACAGGCCAUACAUUCAGUAGAUUAAGAAUCUUAAAGAAAUGCUAAGAACAGUUCCACCCAUGAAUAAUUAUUUAAUCUUAAUUUACUGCCAGGUAACCGAUGCAUUUUAAAAAAUGUUUCUAUUUCUAAAGUCUGUUUUUUUGUCUAUAUGCUAGAUGUUAAAAUGUCUUAAGUUCAUGAAAGUAUUGAAAGCUAACGAUAGAUGAUAAUCUUUGAUAGCAGAUGCAGUUUCGAGGCAAAAUUAAGGAACAAUCAUUAUUAGUUUCAAAUGCAAAAACAAGUGAUUGAAUGUUGUUGUUUUUUUAAAAUGUAUAUAUUCUUUUAUGUGAUGCUCGGGCAACUUUAGCGAUUUUUAAAUUCUUUUUAAGCAUGGUAUCUGGAGAGAAAAGAAUAAUUCUUAAAUCCUGCCUUUUGAUAUGAUUCUUUGUCACAUCCAUUUGUUGUUUUUUUCCCUCCUGACAAAGUAUAUAUUUCAAACUGAAGGAGAAACAGCACAAUUUUGCAGUCUAAUGCAAGUGUUGAGAUUCAUAUGGGAAUAACUAUGUCAAAUCUUCUAAAUAAAUUAAACCCUUCCCCAUAAGUGCGUACUAAUAACUAAAUGUGUGGAUGAAAUCUUACUUCACUAACAUGAUGUAUAUCUUCUAGUUUUAAUCCCAUUGGCCUUUACAGCAUUACAUCUCUCUUCUCAUUCAUCAUGGCCUCACCUAUUGUUAAGAGCCGAGUACAAAAACUACUUAAUUUAUUAUUUUUAAAGCUUACUGUUGAAAUUUUUUUGACUAUAUACUGGUAAUGUGAUAUUUCUUUUAGAAAAACAUGGUAUAAUAAUAGUGUAAUUGAAUAAAAUGUUGGGACUGUUUCUUUAGCUUAUUUUGUUCAUAUUUUGAGUUUGCAGUAAAUGCCUCAUAAACAUCCAUCAUGUGUGUGGUACCUAGAGUUGCACCGAUUAUCAAAUUUGCAGAUUAUAGAUUAAUCACUGAUUAAUUUUUUUUGUAUGUAGCUUUGAAAUGCAUUGUAGGGGC